AUGGCAUCGGAGGGGGGGCAGUCGCCGGAGGUGGAGGGCGAGGCGAUGGUCACUGUGGUCAUCAAGAACCCUUCCGCGUCGUCGCCGGGCGAUUUUAGGACGCGAGUGCGAGCGGCGGGCACGGUGGGCGACGUGAAGCGACAGCUGCAGGAGGAGUACGCGGGGCACCCCGACCCCGCGCGACAGAAGCUGAUCGUCGCCGGCCAGCUCGUGAAGGACUCGCUCGUCGUCCGCGACGUAUUUAAACAGAAGAACCUGAGCGAGCCCCAGGUGAUGCACCUCGUCGUCUCCUCCGCUCCCCCCGGCGCCUCGUCCGCACCGUCCUCUGCGCCGUCCUCCGCGCCCUCCUCCGCGCCCUCCACGUCUCAUUCCAGUCGCUCCGUCUCCCCCACGCCCUCCUCCUCUGCGCGCGCCCACUCGCGUGCCACCCUCCCUCCCUCCAACCUCGCUCUUGCUCCGUUCCCUGCCGCGCCUGCUCCUUUCUCUGCCUCGCCUGCUCCAAUUCCUGCGCCCGCCGCCGCCGCCUCAGUGCAGCGCGCAGGCGCUGCCCCGGGGUCCGGGCAGGCGCAGGCAGUGGAGGCGGGCGCUGCAGCGCCGCCCGCUGCAGCUGCGGCGCCCGCUGUGGCUGCUGCUGCAGCCGCGGGUCCUGGCGCAGCGGAUGGGGGGCUUACAGCGGGCGGGGGAGAGGCAGGAGGGCCAGCACCCACAGCAGCAGCAACAGCAUCGGCAACAACAGCACCCACAACUCCAGCGGUUUCGCAGGCCGGUGCUGGUGGGGGAGGAGAGCAGCAGCAAGCCAUCCUUCAGCUGCUCGGCGCGCUGCAGCACAGCGCGCCCACGGGGGUGCCGCCGCUGCCCUUCAUGGCGCCGCCGCUGCCGGGCCUGCCGCCGCCAUACUCGCCUUUCAUGCUGCCGCCCUUCGUGCCGCCCCCCGACUCUCCCAUGCCUGCACCUGCCCUCUACCCUCCUCUGCUGCCCUCGCCUCUUCUGCCCCUCUCUAUGCCACCCAUGCCCUUCCCCUUCGCUUUCCCUUUCCCCUGGCCCUCCCCUCCGCCCGUGCCCAUGCCUGCUUCAGCAGCAGCCUUCAUUCAUAUCGCCAUUUCUUCUCCACACCCCACCUCUGCCGCUUCCCCUGCCUGCUCUGCCUGCCCAUGUGCCUCUGCCUUCCCAUGUGCCUCUGCCUGCCCAUGUGCCUCUGCCUGCCCAUGUGCCUCUGCCUUCCCAUGUGCCUCUGCCUGCCCAUGUGCCUCUGCCUUCCCAUGUGCCUCUGCCUGCCCAUGUGCCUCUGCCUUCCCAUGUGCCUCUGCCUGCCCAUGUGCCUCUGCCUUGCGCUCCAGCCCCGCUCCCCCUACUGUCGCGGCAGCACACACCCAACAGCAGCACCCACCUGCUGUGAGCCACGCUCCACCACCGCCUGCACCACCACUAGCAGGGGCAGCGGCGCCUUUGCCUCAGGCAGGGGCAGCGCAGCCCCAUCAAGGUGCGGUGGGAGAGGCAGCCAACGCAGCAGCGGCGGCAGUGCAGCAGCACGUGAGGCAGGCGGGUGCAGUGGGCGGGGUGGAGGAGGAGUGGCAGCAGCAGCUGCAGCAGCGGCUGCAAGCCGUGAUGCAGGCAGUGCGGCAGCAGCAGAUGGCAGAGCACCACGCCGCCAUGGCCGCUGCUGCUGCUGCCGCCGCUGCUGCACAGAGGGGAGGCGCAGGAGGGCUUGCAGGGGUGCAAGGAGGAGGCAGGGCGGCGGGGGAUGCAGCAGCGCAUGUGGGGGUGGGGGGGGCGGCAGCAGUGGAGGGCGCGCCUCGAGUGCGGCGCAUUCAGUUUGCGAUCCGCAUCGACCUCAUGCUGCUGCUCAAGCUCACGCUGCUCGUCUAUGUGUUCGGCCAGGGCGGGGGUUACCGCCGCUUCUUUGCUCUCAUUGCUGCUGCUCUCUUCAUCUACCUGUACCAAGCGGGUGUGCUGGCGCCGCUGCUGCGGUGGCUCUCCCACCGCGCUCAGGCCGCCAUGGGCCUGCCUCCCCACCCCCCCCACGCCGCUGCCGCCCCCAACGCUGCUGUGCCACCCCAGGCUGGGGCUGGGGCUGCAGGGGGUGGGGGAGGGGCGGCAGGGGCGGAGGGAGGUGCCGGCGGGGCGGCAGGUGGUGUGCAGGGCCAAGCAGCCGCUCAAGCCUUGCAACAGCAGCCACCACAGCAGGGAGUGCAGCAGCAGCAGCAGCAGCAGCAGCAGCGGCGGCGGGGGUGGCUACAGGAGGUGCAGGUGUUUGUGGUGGCGACGGUCCCUGCACCGCUCGUGGCAGCUGUCAUGGCGUCCCCCCACUCAGACGCAACUGACUCCCAAUCGGACGGCUCAGAUUCGCCAAUUCUCGUGGAGCGACCGGGUCCGUCCGAUGUGACUACGGCAGGCGAACUGGCAGACAGGGAGGCCGCAGGGGGCGCAGCCGCUGGCGGGGCGGAGGCGAAGGCGGACGACUCGUCCGCGGGACCAUCAUGCAGCGAUGGCGAUGGCGCUGCGCGCAAGGAACGCGCGGAGCCCCCCGGGCAGGAAGAGGCGGAAUCCGCAGCGGCGCUGGUGGCGCCGUCGAAGGCGCAAGAGCGAGAUAGAGGCGCGGCGGGCGGGUCGGCGCAGGGCGAGGUCGCGGCGGCUGUGGGGCAGGUGGCGGCGGGAGUGGCGGCGGGCGUGGCGGGGCUCGCGAGCAGCGCGGGCGCCGAGGCAGCCGCCGUCGUGAGCAGCCUGGGCGAGCGGGUGAGUGAGGGGGGGGGGGGAGGGGAGCGAGCGGGGGAGUGGCAAGGGGCGAGCGGGGGAGUGGCAAGGGGCGAGCGGGGGAAGGGCGAGCGAGUGCGGGGCGAGCGGGGGAGGGGCGGUCGGGGUCUCAGCACGGGCUUUGUGUCGCUCUUCAGCGUCUUUGACUCCGCCAUCGCAUACCCCUCUGACGCCCCCACUGCCCCCGCCGGGGGCGCUGGAAGCACAGCGCAGGCAGAGGCGCACAAGGCGAGGGGGGGUGGUGAUGGCAGGGGGGCGGGGGGCGCGGAGGAGGAGGCGCGGGAGGGGGCGGAGGGGAGUGCACGGUCGCCCCACCCGUCCAGAGCCAUCGACCUGCAGGCCAUCUUUGGCCUCCCCACCCAUGAGACCCUGCUGGAAGGUGCGUGGAAUCCAUCAUCUCGUGCUUGCUCACUCACACUCCACACCGCCAUCCAUCGACUUCUUUCCCCUUCUCACCCUCACCUCCGUACGCCCUCCUCGCACCUCUCCCUUCUCGCCGCACUGCGCAUCACUCCCCUCACCCCCACCCCCACUCCCCUUCUCACUCCCCUCGUCUCCCCCAUCCAACCAGCCUUCCCCUGUCGGCUGCUGCAGCUGUACCGGCCAGUGCACAACGCCUUCACACCGGACAUGAGGCGGGCCUUCAGAGGCACGCUCUACAUCACCCACCAGCACGUCUGCCUCUGCCUUGACGACAGUGCCCGCCGCAUCCCCAUCAAGCUGGAGGCAGCGGAGGUGGCGGGGGUGGGGAAGCAAGUGGCGAGGCGGGGGGACAGCAGCGACCAGCUCAAGAUCGACCUGUCAGGCGCGCACAGCUCGGUGGGUGCUGUCGGGAGCUCUCAUCCCUCCACCCACCCUGCCCUCAUCGCCACUGCCCAUGUUUCCUCUGCCGCACUCCCCCCCCUCCCUUUGGCUCCCUGCCUCCCUCGUCCCCCCCUCCGUUCUCUCCCUCACCCCCUCUCCCCCAUGUUCCCCUCGCCCCGUGCCCUCGCGGCCCGCUCACAGCUACUGCUGCAGGACUUUGCCUCCCCCGACGUGCUCGACAGCGCUCUUGCUCUCCUCGAGCACAUCACCUCCUGA